AUGAACUCUCCGUUCGUAAACUUCUGUUUCCCUGGGUCGGUCAUGAUGGAGUAUGACAUGAGUCAGAGUCUGGACGGGAGUCCGCUGGAGGAGAGUGAGGAGAGAGGAGGAUACAGGGAAACCACCAGAAGUCUGGACGAGAGUCCGCUGGAGGAGAGUGAGGAGAGAGGAGGAUACAGGGAAACUACCAGGAAUCUGCUCAGCUUCAUAGACUCAGCCUCCAGCAACAUCAAACUGGCUUUAGACAAGCCAGUCAAGUCCAAAAGGAAAGUCAACCACCGCAAGUACCUGCAGAAGCAGAUCAAGAGAUGUACAGGCUUCAUCAGUCCAACAGGGAACCCAGCAGCAGCUCCAGGGGCCAACAGGAGAAAAGUCUCUGGCUUUCCCACCCAGACCCAGACCCAGCUUCAGACCCAACUUCAGACCCAACUUCAGACCCAGCCCAGCCCAUUCCAGCAAGGCAAACCCGUCCACAAGCGGGACGGGCUACAGGCCAACCUCCAGACCAAGAGCCUGGCUGCCCUCUUUAACUCUGUCAAGGAGCCUGUCAAGGGGGAGAGAGCCAAGAAGCCUCCCCUGAGGCACCGUAACCUUCCCCCAUCCUUUUUCACUGAGCCGGCCAACACGACCACCUCUCGAGUCACGUCCACCUCGGGCAUGUUCCUGGGUGAUCUGGAACGGGGAGGGGGGAACCCGGACUUCUUUGACCUGCUGGGGCCGGACUACAGUAACAUGCUCAGUGAUCAGGACGUGUUUCAGACUCGCGGCCUGCCCAGUAGGAUCAUCGACCAGGACAUGUUUCAGACUCGCGGCCUGCCCAGUAGGAUCCUCCAGCACCAGCAGACUCAGGACAUAACAGACCAGGUAUCGCCCUACGACCCUCACCAUCUAGUGGGAGGAUUCUUGUAUACAGAGCCUUGGAUUACCUCUUCUCCUUCUAAGAAGGCAGGGGAGGGCGUACGGAUGGGCCCAGGAACACAGACACCCCUGUACUGCCAAUCAGGAGAGGGCGUACGGACGGGCCCAGGAACACAGACACCCCUGUACUGCCAAUCAGGAGAGGGCGUACGGACGGGCCCAGGAACACAGACACCCCUGUACUGCCAAUCAGGAGAGGGCGUACGGACGGGCCCAGGAACACAGACACCCCUGUACUGUCACCCUGUGUCUGACUCCUCUGCGACAGGGUCUACAGAGGAUAGUAACUCACUGUGCACUCUGGCCUUUCCCAACUUCUUCCCAGACUGCUCUGUGUCUCAGGUCUCAUAUGGUCUGAGUGGUGGUGGGUACAACACAAAGGGGUUCUCUUCUCUCUGA